UGGGCAUUUCAUGAGAUGCCUUUUUUUCUCCCCCCAGUUUGCCAGGGCACCAACAACAAGCUCACCCAGCUGGGCACAUUCGACGACCACUUCCGGAACCUCCAGCGGAUGCUCAACAACUGCGAGGUGGUCCUGGGGAACUUGGAGAUCACGUACAUGCAGAGGGACUACGACCUGUCCUUCCUAAAGACCAUCCAGGAGGUGGCCGGCUACGUCCUCAUUGCCCUCAACGUGGUGGAGAGGAUCCCCCUGGAGAACCUGCAGAUCAUCCGGGGGAACAUGCUCUUCGAGAACACCCACGCCUUGUCCGUCCUGUCCAACUACGGCGCCAACAAGACCGGCCUGCGGGAGCUGCCCAUGCGGAACCUACAGGAAAUCCUGCAGGGCGCCGUGCGCUUCAACAACAACCCCUCCCUCUGCAGCAUGGACACCAUCCAGUGGCACGACAUCGUGGACAGCAGCUUCGUGAGCAACAUGUCGCUGGACUUCCAGAGCCACCCGCCCGGCAGCUGCCAGAAGUGCGACCCGAGCUGCCCCAGCGGAAGCUGCUGGGCUGCGGGCAAGGAGAACUGCCAACAACUGACCAAGACCAUCUGCGCCCAGCAGUGCUCCGGCCGCUGCCGGGGCCAGGUCUGCCGCCGGUUCCGGGAUGGCGCCACCUGCAAGGACACCUGCCCGCCGCUCAUGCUGUACAACCCCACCACCUACCAGAUGGACGUCAACCCCGACGGCAAAUACAGCUUCGGCGCCACCUGUGUGAAGAAGUGUCCCCGGAACUACGUGGUGACCGACCACGGCUCCUGCGUGCGGGCCUGCAGCUCCGACAGCCACGAGGUGGAGGAAGACGGCGUCCGCAAGUGCAAGAAGUGCGAAGGGCCCUGUCGCAAAGUGUGUAACGGGAUAGGGAUCGGGGAGUUUAGAGACACCCUGUCCAUCAACGCCACCAACAUCAGGCACUUCCGCAACUGCACCACCAUCAGCGGGGACCUGCACAUCCUGCCCGUGGCCUUCAAGGGGCACGCCUUCCGGAACCUGGAGAUCAUCCGGGGCCGGACCAAGCAGCACGGCCGCUUCUCUCUCGCCGUCGUCGGGCUGGACAUCACGUCUCUGGGGCUGCGCUCCCUCAAGGAGAUCAGUGACGGGGACGUGAUCAUCUCGGCGAACCGCAACCUGUGCUACGCAGACACCAUCGACUGGAGAAAGCUCUUCGGGACCACGAGUCAGAAAGCCAAGAUCCAAGGCAACAAGGACAGCAGAGACUGCAAGGCCCAAGGCCAAGUCUGCAACCGGCUGUGCUCGCCGCCGGAGGGCUGCUGGGGCCCCGCGCCCGGGGACUGCGUGGCCUGCCAGAACGUCAGCCGCGAGCAGGAGUGCAUGGAGCGGUGCAACCUGCUGGAGGGUGAGCCCAGGGAGUUCGUGGAGAACGGCGAGUGCAUCCAGUGCCACCCGGAGUGCCUGCCCCAGCCCAUGAACGUGACCUGCACAGGACGCGGCCCCGACAGCUGCAUGCAGUGCGCCCACUACGUCGACGGCCCUCACUGCGUCAAGACCUGCCCGGCCGGGGUCAUGGGCGAGAACAACACGCUAGUCUGGAAGUUUGCGGACGCCAGUCACGUCUGCCACCUGUGCCACCCCAACUGCCCCUACGGCUGCACGGGGCCGGGUCUUAAAGGAUGCACGAGCGAGCCCAAGUUCCCGUCCAUCGCCAUGGGGAUCGUGGGCGGCCUCUUCCUGCUGCUGAUGGUGGCGCUGGUGCUCGUGGAGCCCCUGACCCCCAGCGGGGAAGCGCCCAACCAGGCCCUCCUGAGGAUCCUAAAGGAGACCGAGUUCAAGAAGAUCAAGGUGCUGGGCUCCGGCGCGUUCGGCACCGUGUACAAGGGGCUCUGGAUCCCGGAGGGCGAGAAGGUUAAAAUCCCCGUGGCCAUCAAGGAAUUGCGGGAAGCCACGUCUCCGAAGGCCAACAAGGAAAUCCUCGACGAAGCCUACGUGAUGGCCAGCGUGGACAACCCCCACGUGUGCCGCCUGCUGGGCAUCUGCCUGACCUCCACGGUCCAGCUCAUCACGCAGCUCAUGCCCUUCGGCUGCCUCCUGGACUACGUGCGCGAGCACAAGGACAACAUCGGCUCGCAGUACCUGCUCAACUGGUGUGUGCAGAUCGCCAAGGGCAUGAACUACCUGGAGGAGCGGCGCCUGGUGCACCGGGACCUGGCGGCCAGGAACGUGCUGGUGAAGACGCAGCUGCUGGGCGCCGAGGAGAAGGAGUACCACGCGGAGGGCGGCAAGGUGCCCAUCAAGUGGAUGGCCCUGGAAUCGAUCUUACACCGAAUCUACACCCACCAGAGCGACGUCUGGAGCUACGGGGUCACCGUGUGGGAGCUGAUGACGUUCGGGUCCAAGCCCUACGACGGGAUCCCGGCCAGUGAGAUCUCGACAGUCCUGGAGAAAGGGGAGCGCCUCCCGCAGCCGCCCAUCUGCACCAUCGACGUCUACAUGAUCAUGGUCAAGUGCUGGAUGAUCGAUGCGGACAGUCGCCCCAAGUUCCGCGAGUUGAUCAAUGAGUUCUCUAAAAUGGCCCGAGACCCCCAGCGCUACCUCGUCAUCCAGGGCGACGAGAGGAUGAACUUGCCCAGCCCCACGGACUCCAACUUCUACCGCGCGCUGAUGGACGAAGAGGACAUGGAGGACGUGGUGGACGCGGACGAGUACCUGAUCCCCCAGCAGGGCUUCUUCCACAGCCCCGCCACCUCCCGCACACCCCUGCUCAACUCCCUGAGUGCCACCAGCAACAGCUCCGCCGUCACUUGCAUCGAUAGAAACGGGAGCUGCCCCCACAAGGAAGACAGCUUCCUGCAGCGGUACAGCUCGGACCCCACCGGCGCCCUGACCGAGGACAACCUCAGUGACGCCUUCCUGCCCGCGCCAGGUGAGUGGCUGGACCCUCAGCACCACAGCAGCCUGGACAACCCCGACUACCAGCAGGACUUCCUGCCCAAGGAGGCCCAGGGCAACGGCCUCUUCCCGGGGCCCACGGCCGAGAACGCAGACUACCUGCGGGUGGGCCUGCCGAGCAGCGAGUCCACUGGCGCGUGACCGAGGAGGUGGCCACGGCCGCCCGGCCAGCCUGCAGCCCCCGGGACCGGCCACGCAGCUCCCAGGCCUGCCAGCCACCGCCAUGCCCCACCACUCCUGUCCCCGCCCCGGACUGGUCUGGCCGGAUCCAAGGAUCUUCUUAGAUCGUCUGACCGGCCCCCUUUCGGCCAGGCGGCGCCCCACUCAGACGUGCGCUGGCAGGUUGCGCUCUGAGGCUCCUCAGAAGGCACCGGAAAGAAUGCCGUCGGGGGCAGACGCGCACCCGGCAAUGAGGCACCUUCGCAAAGAAAGCUGCCUACACUGAGGAGGUACUGCUCGGGGCCCGGGGGUUUUCAGGGUCGGUACUGGCCCGGUUCCAAAUGGGCUCCUCUGAUGAGGAAGAGGCCUGACCGUCCGGAGCUCACACUGCCCUGAGGACAGGGGCCCGCCUGGGACCAAGAGCAAGGCCAGCCUGAGGGGACGCGGACCAUCGGCUCUGCCUCUGCUCUCCCCGACCGGUCACACGCCCUCCCUGACCCCAGCGGCUGAUGGUACGCGGCACAGCGCCCGUCGUGGCAGGUACGAGAGGAUGAGCCACUGUGCCCCCUUCCUGGGCAGGGAGGACCGAGGACAGACUCCUCCUCGGACUCGCUUUUCUGUCUGUGUCCCCGUGGUCCUCGCCCUCCAUCCCUUGACCGGCGUCUUCCCGUGACAAGCCUUAAGACUUCCUUGUUUGUUCUCCAUUCCAUUCCUUUGGGAACCCGAUACGGUUUCCCCGUCAGCAAGAGGAAACGGUACAGCCAACAGGCCGGGCCAGCUCCCAGUCGAGUCAGCAGCAUUCAGACCAGAAGCCUUUAAUCAAGUCGCGAACCUUCUCAGAGGAAGUCCAUCUGGCCUUGGGGGGUCGGGGAGAGCGCAGAUCCGGAGGCUGCGGAGAGGAAGCUGUGCUGGAGUCUGGCUGAGUCUCCCCCAAAAAGAUUCGCUUAGGCUACUCGUAGAAAAACCCUUCCUUCUUUCACUUUAAAUGUUUUUUACUCGAAA